AUGGCUGAGAAAUUCAAGGUUGAGAGUCCCAAUGUACGCUAUCUAAAGGAUGUUAUAGAAGCUGAUUACAACUAUAGCACUACCAAAGUCUAUGAAGAAAAUGGUGUUACCAAGGUUAAACCAUGUUCCACCAAGUUUACUUUCAGGACAGAGAAGAAGAUACCAAAGCUUGGAGUCAUGCUGGUUGGCUGGGGUGGAAAUAAUGGAACAACCGUUACAGCAGCAGUGUUGGCCAAUCAAAUGGGUCUUUCAUGGAUGACCAAAUCAGGAAAAAAGGUUGCCAACUAUUAUGGGUCCUUGUUUCAGUCAUCAACAGUUUGUCUGGGUUGUGGACCUGAUGGGGAUAUCUAUAUACCUUUUCGUGAUCUCCUUCCCAUGGUCCAUCCUAAUGAUAUUAUCUUUGAUGGUUGGGACAUCUCAUCACUGAAUCUGGCUGAUGCCAUGAGGCGAGCAGAAGUCCUAGAUUGGCAGCUGCAAGAGCAACUUAGGCCCUUUAUGGAAAAGAUGAAGCCCAGGCCUUCAAUCUACAUACCCGAAUUCAUUGCAGCCAAUCAGGAGGACAGGGCUGACCAUAUACUCCAUGGCACUAAAGCAGAACAGGUUCAGAAAAUUCGUGAGGAUAUUCAAGAUUUCAAAAGAAUAAGUGGAGUAGACAAGGUUAUCGUGCUGUGGACUGCAAACACUGAACGCUUCUGUGAUGUGAUCCCAGGAAUUAACGACACCGCUGAUAAUUUACUACAAGCUAUUGAGCUCGGCCUUGAAGUGUCUCCAUCCACAAUGUUUGCCGUGGCCAGCAUCUUGGAGGACUGUGCUUACAUCAAUGGGUCCCCCCAGAAUACAUUUGUUCCUGGAGCUAUAGAGCUGGCAACAAGGCAUUCUGUGUUCAUUGGAGGGGAUGAUUUUAAGUCUGGACAGACCAAGAUUAAGUCAGUCUUAGUGGAUUUUCUUGUCAGUGCUGGCUUAAAGACAGUUUCCAUAGUGAGCUACAACCACCUAGGUAAUAAUGAUGGGAAGAACCUCUCUGCUCCUCAGCAAUUUCGCUCCAAGGAGAUUUCUAAGAGCAAUGUGGUGGAUGACAUGGUUCAGUCUAACCCUCUUCUUUAUGGACAGAAUGAGAAACCUGACCACUGUGUGGUUAUUAAAUAUGUCCCAUAUGUGGGAGACAGCAAGAGAGCAAUGGACGAAUACUCAUCAGAAAUAAUGAUGGGGGGAACCAACACAAUUGUUAUUCACAACACUUGUGAGGACUCUCUGCUUGCUAGUCCAAUUAUCCUGGAUUUGGUGAUCCUCACCGAGCUUUGCCAGAGAAUAACUUUCUGUACUGAGCAAGACCAAGACUUCCAGACGUUCCACAGUGUCCUGUCAAUUCUCAGCUUCCUCUGUAAAGCUCCACUUGUGCCAGCAGGAACACCCGUAGUAAAUGCUCUUUUCAGACAGAGAAACUGCAUUGAGAACAUUCUCAGGGCCUGCUUGGGUCUGUAUCCACAAAAUCAUAUGAUGCUAGAAUACAAGAUGCAGAGAAGUUUUGUGAGUUUCAAAAGACCAAGCAAAGUUUUGGACCCUUGUCCAAUUUCCAGUAAGAAGGGAACGGUCCAGAUCAAUGGCUUUCAACAAGGCAUUAGUAAUGGACACUGUAAUGGACUGAAACAAACUGUCACCAGCAGUGACACGGAGAUAGAAAAUUAA